UUGAGGUCAAAAAUAUUUUCUCUUUCUUUUGGGUUAUUUUGUUGUUCUCUGCUAUGAAGACUCCUAGUUUUGGUUCUCAACUUGGGAGUUUUAUAAUGGAAAGUGGGGGUUUUAUUCGUUUGCUGGGAUUUUUUGCGCUGUCUAGCCUUUUUCUCUCUGAAAUCUGUGGGCUAGCAUUCGAAGAAUUGGGUCGAUUGAACCGGGUUUUCAAGGAACUCAAAUGGAUUGGAUCGACAAUGACGGGUUGUUUCUUGUAUCUAACAACUCGGCAUUUGGUUUUGGCCUUACCACUACCUCAGAUGUAACAUUGUUUCUCCUUGUUGUCAUGCACAUGGACACCACUCAAGUAAUUUGGGCCGCUAACAGGAACGUUCCUGUUUCGAAUUCUGAUCCCUUUUUGUUUGACAAGAACGGCAACGUGUUAUUGCAGAAAGGAGGAAAAGAAGUUUGGACGACAAAUACCGGUGAAAAAGGAGUUUCAGAAAUGGUGUUGAUGGAUUCAGGGAACUUGGUUUUGCAAGGGAAUGAUGGCACGGUAAUAUGGCAGAGUUUUGCUCAUCCUUCCAAUACCCUCAUUACGGACCAAGAGUUUAGAGAAGGAAUGAAACUUGUAAGCGAUCCUAGCGCCAGUAACCUGAGCUAUAUUCUCGAGAUCAAGUCCGGCGACAUGGUUCUUUCGGCAGGUUACUCAACCCCGCAGCCGUACUGGUCCAUGGGGAAGGACGCACGAAGAAACAUUAAUAAGAAUGGUGGGGAGGUCACUUCAGCAUCCAUUGAUGGGAAUUCAUGGAGUUUAUUUGAUGAAAGCAAAGCCUUGUUGUGGCAAUUUACAAUCUCGGAUCCUACUGAUGCAAACGCCACUUGGAUUGCAGUUUUGGGAAGUGAUGGCUUUAUAUCUUUCUUCAAUCUCCAUGAUAAAGGGUCAUUGGCAUCAGCUAAGAUCCCGGACGAUCCUUGUGGCACACCAGAAGCUUGUCAGCCAUAUUUUGUUUGUUCAGGACCUUCAGGAAACACCAGAUGCCAGUGUCCGUCACCACUUAGUUCCAGUGCGUGCAAAGCAGGCAUCGACUCUCCUUGCGGUCAGGGAAAGGACUCUGUAAGCCUUGUAGAUGCCAGAACCGGGCUAGAUUAUUUUGCCGUCAACUAUGUUUCUCCAUCGUCAAAUACCGAUAUGAGCAGUUGCAAAGAAUCCUGCUUGAGUAAUUGUUCUUGUAUGGCUAUGUUCUAUGACAAUAGUUCGAGGAAUUGUUUCCUUUUUGACCAGGUUGGCAGCUUCCAAAACUCUAACCAGGGGUCUGCUUUAGUUGCUUUUGUCAAAAUGUCAAGCAAUGGAAAUGGUGUAGGGGAUGGCGGCGGCGGCAGGAAAAGCUUCCCAUAUGUUGUGAUUAUAGCUGUUGCUACGGUUCUUGUCAUUUUGGGAUUAAUCGUUGUGGCAUAUGGAUACUAUAAUAUAAAGAAGAAAAUGCCAGGAUCUCCUGAUGAUACCUCAGAAGAGGAUAACUUCUUGGAGACUUUAACUGGGAUGCCUACUCGUUUCACUUAUAAUGACCUUCGGACUGCCACAAAUAACUUCUCAGUUAAGCUUGGACAUGGAGGAUUUGGCUCGGUGUACCGAGGGACUCUUCCGGAUGGAACUCAAGUAGCUGUGAAGAAACUGGAAAACAUUGGUCAAGGAAAGAAAGAAUUUCGAGCUGAAGUCGGUAUUAUCGGCAGUAUCCAUCACGUCCACCUGGUGAGAUUGAAAGGCUUUUGUGUUGAAGGAAACUAUCGACUUCUUGCUUAUGAAUACAUGUCGAAUGGUUCCUUAGAAAGAUGGAUCUUCAAGAGAAACAGAGAAGAUGCGCUGCUGGAUUGGGGAACAAGAUUCAAUAUCGCAGUAGGAACAGCUAAAGGGCUAGCUUAUCUCCAUGAAGAUUGUGAUGCAAAGAUUGUGCAUUGUGACAUAAAGCCAGAGAAUGUAUUGCUUGAUGACAAUUUCCUAGCCAAAGUCUCGGAUUUCGGCUUGGCAAAGCUAAUGACCCGAGAGCAAAGCCAUGUUUUCACCACUCUAAGGGGCACCAGAGGGUACCUUGCACCCGAGUGGAUCACAAACUACGCGAUAUCAGAGAAGAGCGACGUUUACAGCUAUGGCAUGUUGCUACUCGAAAUCAUUGGCGGAAGAAAAAACUUCGAUCCUGGAGAAUCUUCAGAGAAAUCCUAUUUGCCAUCCUAUGCUUUCAAGAUGUUAGACGAAGGGAAGCUGAUAGAUAUCCUCGAUUCGAGGCUGACCAUAGAAGGAGAAGAUGAGAGAGUUUACACUGCAAUCAAAGUUGCAUUAUGGUGCAUACAAGAAGAUAUGCAUUUAAGGCCAUCCAUGACAAAAGUCAUUCAAAUGCUAGAAGGUCUCUCCCCAGUUUCAAAGCCACCAAUGUCAUCUCCAUUAGGAUCUCGCCUUUAUUCGAGUUUCUUCAGAUCGAUGACGAUGAGCGGAGAGGGCACGUCCUCGACAUCAGCCUCAGCACCAUCGGACUACAACAGCGAUGCUUAUCUUUCAGCUGUACGGCUUUCUGGUCCAAGAUAACAAUCACUUAAAAAGAGUAGAGGUUACUGGAAUUAUUCUAUAGAUUUGUAUUAUCAAUAUGAUGUUUAACAUCUCAUAUGGCCUGUAUAUUUAUUAGAUUAUUGUU